AUGUUCCCCUUUUAUCCGAUUUCCUCUUCUGUUUCAUUUCUCGCUCGAUCUUAACAAAAUUAUUAUUAUGUCGUCGGAAGGUGCGGAGUAUCGGUGCUUCGUGGGUGGCCUUGCUUGGGCCACGACGGAUCGCACCCUGGGCGAUGCUUUCUCUCAGUUCGGCGAGGUCAUCGAAUCGAAGAUUAUUAAUGAUCGUGAGACUGGGAGAUCUAGGGGUUUCGGAUUUGUGACGUUCAAGGACGAGCGAUCCAUGAGGGAAGCGAUAGAGGGGAUGAACGGCCAGAUCCUAGACGGCCGUAACAUCACCGUCAACGAGGCUCAGUCUCGCGGGAGCGGCGGCGGAGGUGGAUUCCGCGGUGGAAGACGUGAAGGAGGAGGUGGCGGCGGCGGCUACGGCCGUCGCGAGGGUGGCUACGGCGGUGGCGGCCGUGGAUAUGGUGGUGGAGGCGGUUACGGCGGCGGUGAUCGUGGAUAUGGUGGCGGAGGCGGUUACGGCGGAGGCGAUCGUGGAUAUGGUGGCGGAGGCGAUCGUGGAUAUGGUGGCGGAGGCGACCGUUACUCUAGGGGAGGCGGUGGUGCUUCGGACGGCAACUGGAGGAAUUAGAAGUAGUUAACGUAGGAGUUUGAGUCUCUUGUAGUGUCCUUUUUCUGUAUUCUUUUUAUUUUUGUCCUCGAAUGUGUUGGGUGGGCUUUGAAUUUGUUAUGGUUUUGAUUUUUUUAAGGUACAAUUGCUAAUGUGGUACGUAUUAGUCGGUAGGCGGUAUAAAUCCUGAUGGUAACAAAUGAACUUUCAUAAUUUUUUGAAGCGAACUGAGAUUGGUCAAGUGGACUCCUACCACCUCGUGGUAGGGUAUUGCUUUUCGAUCAACUAUACAUUUGUAUUCUCAAAACUUUUGUCUUGAAUGAAAGCAUGGUUGGUUUGGUGUCAAA